AUGAGUUUUGAGAGUGUUAAUUGGAAACAAAUCUUUUUAGUUCAACGAGUGAGAGCCCAAAAAAAAAGGAAAAAGUUCAUUAUGGAAAAGAAAAUUUUUCUCUCAUUUGAUCGAUUGAAAUUUUUCAACUACCAUAGUAUACAAUCCUUUUACUACAAUAUGCUUGGAAGAUCACUUGUAUUUAGACGUAGUAUAUCUACAUCAUUUUCAUUACCAGUUCACAAAACUUUGGAAGUUCUCAAGGCCACAAAUGCCAAUUUUGAAGGAUUGUUUUCUCAUAAAGCAGUGGAUCAAUUAUGGUUUGACAGAGGACAACAAUUAGUUCAAAAUUUGAACCAAUAUUUGGCUCAAACAAAUACCAUCAGUGAUAAAGAAUAUACUUUGAAUGAAAUUAUUUCAUUAUCAAUGAACAGACCAGAAUUAUUUCACAUUCACAAGAACGCUUCUAACUUGUACAAUUUGACAUUCUUUUUUGAAAAUAUUAGACAAUUGGAUACACCACCUGCAAAUAUAGUCCCACCAACUAAAGAAGCUUUGUUAGCUACACCAUCAGAUGAGUUUACAAAUAAACCAAUGGAUGUAUCUUUAGUUGACUGGAUAAACCACUCAUUCGGUUCGGUACAAGAAUUGAGAAAUUUGCUCAUCAAUUCCGCAAAGGGUAUCAAAGGUGACGGUACCGUUUGGUUAGUUGCUGAAAGUACGAUGAGUGAAAACUAUUUGAACAAGAGCAACUUUUCUUCUCCAAUGUUUCACAAUUUGGCUGUUGUUAACACUUAUAAUGGUGGUAUGAUUGACGAUGCCGAAAGAUCUGGUCAAGUUAAUAGAAUGAAGACUCUUUUAGAAAAGAACCAACAAGAACAAGAACAAGAGAAAGAAUCUAACGCAAACUCUGAAUUAGAAUUGGGCUCUACUGAACAAGCUGAAUUGGAAACCGCUUUCCACAAUAAGAGAUUGGUUCCUGCAUUAGCUAUUGAUGUUUCACCAAGAAACUACUUGCUUGAUUACGGUGUCUAUGGUAAACAAAAAUACUUGGAAAACGUAUGGGAAUGUAUCGAUUGGGAUGUUGUAUCUAGAAGAUUACCAGAAAGAUCCAAACAAGUUAUCACUGUGUAA